AUGCAAUUUGAUCAAUUUAAGCAUGCGUAUUGGGUUCGCUUAAGUGCUUCAGUUGAUGUAGUAAGACUUCUUAUAACUCAAGGACUGGCAUUUCGAGGUCAUGAUGAAUCUAAAUCAUCACUUAGUAAGGGUAAUUUUCUUCAAAUUCUCUCAUGGUAUGCGAAAACGUGUGAUAAAAUUCGUGAUUAUGUACUAGAACAUGCUCCUCAAAAUGAUCAAAUGACUUCUCCAAUGAUCCAGAAAUAUAUUGUGAGUGCUUGUAAGAUAGAAACAAUUAAAGCUAUUCUUGAGGAAUUAAAUGGUGACUACUUUUCCUUAGUGGUUGAUGAGUCUUUUGAUGUGUCACGCAAGGAGCAAAUGGCUAUUGUCUUACGAUAUAUUGAUAGAAAUGGAUUUGUGAUGGAGCGACUUCUUGACAUUGUUCAUGUUCAAGAUACUAGUGCUUUAUCUCUAAAGAGGGCAAUUGUUAAUUUACUUGCUCAACAUUCCUUGAGUCUAUCACAUGUGCGUGGACAAUGUUACGAUGGGGCAAGCAAUAUGCAAGGAAUCACAAAUGAGCUUAAUAAAUGCUUACAAAAAAAGGAUCAAGAUUUGGCAAAUGCCAUGCUACUUGUUGAAGUAGCAAAAAGAAGGUUGCAAGCGUAUAGAGAUGAUGGAUGGAAUUCUCUUAUUGCUAAGGUAUCUUUGUUUUGUAUCAAGCACGGAAUUUUGAUACCUAACUUUGAGGAUCCAUAUGUUAGCUCUUUAAGAUCACGACGGAGACUUGGUGACAAUAAAGUCUCACAUCAUUAUCAUGUUGAAGUGUUUUGCAAUAUUAUUGAUUGGCAACUUCAAGAACUUAAAGAUCGUUUUGGCUAA